AUGGGGCGUGGGAAAGUGGAGCUCAAGAAGAUCGAGAACACGACGAGCCGCCAGGUCACCUUCUCCAAGAGGCGGAUGGGCCUGCUCAAGAAGGCAAACGAGCUGGCCAUUCUUUGCGAUGCGCAGGUUGGGGUGAUCGUCUUCUCCGGCAGUGGCAAGAUGUACGAGUACGCCAGCCCUCCAUGGAGGAUUGCAAACAUCUUUGACAGAUACCUGAAAGCCCCCAGCACCCGCUUUGAUGAGAUGGACGUCCAGCAGAAAAUCAUCCAUGAGAUGACAAGGAUGAAGGAUGAGAGCAACAGGCUGAAGAUCAUCAUGAGGCAGUACAUGGGCGAGGACCUGGGCUCGCUGACCCUGCAAGACGUGAGCAAUCUUGAGCAGCAGAUCGAGUUCUCGCUGUACAAGGUUCGCCUUAGGAAGCAGCAGCUACUUGACCAGCAGCUGCUCGAGAUGCGCCAGAGGGAGAUGCACAUGUCAGAGGACCAGAGCAGCAGCUACAUGUUCCACAUGGUAACACAUCUCAGCUUAAUUUCUCCUUGUCAGGUGAUUUUGUGCUGCAAUUUACUCACCCUUGAUGAAUUUGCUUGUGUUUGUCAAAAAAAGAAUCCGGCGAGGGAUCAGCCGGGCCAGUCGGCCGACGUGAUGAAUCCGAAGCUGUUCCCUCUGUGGGACGUCGGCGACCAGAUCUACGGCCAGGACGCCGAGUCCUCCAUGACGGCUCUCAAGCUCUCGCCGCAGCUGCAGGAGUACAAGCUCCAGCCGGUGCAGCCCAACCUGCAGGAGGGCAACCUCCAUGGCUACGUCCUCCGCCUCUGGUAA